GCCUGGAACUUCGCUCAGUUCGAUGUGAUCGUGCACUCCCUUCCAGCAGGUGGCGAAAACACACUAUAAACCACAGAGGAAGGACUCGUCACAGGGGAAGUAGAGAUUUAUUUACCAUUUACCUGUCUGAUUUCUUCAAGAAUGGUCACCACUUGUAUCGUGCCUUGUUGUCGUAAGCGAUCUGACAAAUGUCCCCACUUACGUUAUUUCAGAAUACCAGCGGUGAGGUUAAACGAGGGAGACGUGACUAGAGAACUUAGCGACAGAAGAAGGGCUACAUGGAUAGCAAGGAUAAACAGAGCAAACUUCUAUCCCACGGCAGCUCACAGAGUGUGCUCUCUGCACUUUGUUAAAGGUGAACCAUCUCAGCUCUACGAUCUGGUGAAUCCAGACUGGGCCCCCUCACUGAAGUUGGGAGUGACAUUGAAAGCCAUCAGUCACACUGACAAGGAAGAGGAUGUGGAAUCUGAGUCUGCAUUGAGUAACCAAGGUGACAGUGAACUCCCAAGCAGACAUAAGGACAUCAAACCAGUAGAGGCCAAUCUGAAAAGUGUGGAUCCACCCUCCCAGCCCCUUGACUGUGCUUCAGAGUCCAGUUCUGUUGAUUCUUUUUGUCCGGGCGGCGAUGGCACAGAAGAGCCUACAGAGCACGUCCCACAGACGGUGGCAUUGCAUGUAAGGCUGGUGGACUGCCGUGCCCGACUGGGACCCAAUGGCGUUUGCGUCGUAAAAGAAGAGGGAGGUGAGUUAGGCCGUAACUGCAAUUUUGAGGGUGAUGGCUCCCAGAUCGGUCUCCAUGGUGAUGACCCCUCUGCACCUCAAGAGGGAGCGAAAAACAGACGGCUGAGGAGUUAUGAGUGCAGCACGUGUAGGAAGCUGUUUCUCCGCCUCCACAAGGCAACACGCACCGCCGAGAAGGCUUACAGAUGCUCGCAGUGCGUUAAACGAUUCACUCUGCCGCCGAACUUCAGGAAGCAUGAGGGCGUGAGUAGCAGGGUAGGACCACACAGGUGUUCCCAGUGUGACGUGUCCUUUACCCAGCUGUCCAACCUGAAGAGGCACGAGCUUCAGCACACCGGCGAGCUAAGUCAUGUCUGCACUGCAUGUGGGAAAGCGUUCGCCCGACAAGACUUGCUCAGAAAACACCAGAGACGUCAUACCAGGGAGAGACCGUACACUUGCACACAGUGCCCCAAGUCAUUUUCAUGGGCGUCAUCGCUCAGGCAUCAUUUGACAACCCAUGCAGAUCAGACGUCGCAGAACCUGCGAGGCAACUCCUGUUCAGCCAAGAACCACCAAGGCACUGCUGCUGGGGCAAAGCCCUAUCAAUGCUCACAGUGCGAUAAAACUUUUUGUAGAAAAGCUGACCUUCGGGUGCAUCUGAAAAGACACACAGGAGAGAGGCGGUACUUGUGUCAGUACUGCGGCAAGACGUAUAGCGAUCCGCAGUCCCUCACUGUCCACCAGCGCGCGCACACCGGAGAAAGACCCUUCAGGUGCUCGUGGUGUGGCAAGCGCUUCGCACGCUCUUCGGCACUGCGGAGCCACGAGACGCAGCACACGGGCAAGCGGCCUCACGUCUGCGAUGUGUGCGGGAGGGCCUUCGCCCGACGAGACCUGCUCCGGAAACACCAGCGAACGCACACCGGGGAGAAACCCUACCACUGCUCCAUCUGUGGCAAGCACUUUGGCUACCUGGCAAGUUUGAAGAAGCACCAGAAGGACAUGCACACUGUGAUGGCGGGGGACCACCGGUGCUCAAGGUGUGGAAAGAGGUUUGCGACAGCACAGGACCUGAGGACGCAUGGGUGUAUAACAACAAAAAAACAACAAAAUUCUGUUGAGGACAUCUUCAGCGGAGCAUUACAAGACUUUGCUAAAGAGUUGGUGCUGCCUCUUAUAUGACUACAUGGAUUUAGUGACUUGGCGAUGUUGAGGUAUGCAUAGAAACAACAGUUUAUGUUCAUAGAAACAACAAGGUCACAAUGACAGCAUGUAUUCAUACUUCUGUAUUCAUGCCAUCAUUACAUUUAGCACUUGCAAUGAAAUGUAACGACUGAAAGUGCUAGCGGUUGGCUUGGUGGCUAGCUGAAAAAAAUUACUGUUUAGACUAACAUCUACUAUAGUCUUUGCUGACCAAGUUUGUGUGGCAUAUUAACAACCAUCUUGGUCUGACUUUUUUUUAAACUCCCGCCUCCCUGGAAAACAUACCAAAAACACACACGUUGAACAGAUUGGUCCCCAUCUGGUUCUCAUUUGCAUAAAGUUAAGGAUUCGCCAACUCUGUUUUACCUACUUCGGCAAAUUUGGAAACCUUCCGUGACAAUUAAAAAGUCUCUUUGGAGUUCUGUCCUACACAGUACCUAGGUUUUAAUUUAUUGUUUUUAUAAACACAAAAGUCACAUAUGCAUACUGUUCUUAUGUGUAACUGUUACUGCAGUUUGUCUGGUAGUACAAUGCUAAGAACAUCAAGGCCAUGGGUUCAAUAGACAGGGAACAUGGAGUACUGAUGAAAACAAUGUAUAUAUAUUCUGCAAGUCAUUUUGGAUAUGUGAAGUUGUGCAAGUCAAGUUAAUACAUGGUUUCUUGAUGUUUAAUAACCCCAAAGUUGUCUUCAAGGCAGCACUGCCUGGAAGGCACUAUGGUUAGGCAUGGGUUAAGGUUGGGGUUAGGUGCCUUUAAGUCAGCUGCCUGGAAGACAACGUUGGGGGGCAUAAAACACCAUCAAGCUAAUACAUGUAAAUAUUGGUAUGUUUGGCACUUUAGUAAAAAUAAAUAUAAUGAUUUUGAUAAGGAA